CUGUGAUGUUUAGUCUGUAAUAUAAUUUGGUCAAUUAUAAUCUAUAAAACUUAAAGUGGUAAUAUGAUCUUCAGAGCAUCUCCUUUGGUUAUAUCGAAGUUACGUAAAUACACUCAAAAAAAAAACAUACCAGAUAAAAGCAAUGAAAGUAAUCAAAUUAAUGGAAGUAACAAAUCGAGCGAAGAAGAAAACAGCGAAGAUUCAAACCUGUAUACUUGUAAUACUAAGUCAAAGCAAAUAUCAAAAAGAAAGCAGCGAUCACAUGAUGAAAGCAAAGAUGAAAGACAUUCAACUAUAAAAAGAAAGAAAAGAAAACUACAUUACAAAACAAUACCAAAUCACGAAAAUGAAAACGAAACAGACAAUGAAUGUAAUAUGGUUUCCAGUACAAAAAAGAGGAAAAUUUCUCCUUUUGGAAUUAAAAGAAGAAGGACUAUUAAAGUUCAAUGGACGAACGAUGAAUGUAGAGCGGUUUUAUCUGCAUUUCCUAAUGCCAUAGAAUACUACCGACUAAAUAAAAAACUACCAUCUUUUAAAAAGAUCAAUGAAGCAAGACUGAAAUAUCCAAUAUUAAGAAACC